UUUGCGAGCAGCUGAUAUCAGUUGUUUGUGGAAGUUUGAGUUAGUUGUUGCGCUAAGAUCCGAAGUGAGUCUUUGUUCUUUGUGUCGUACGCGUAUUAGUUAAAUUCGUCAGAAUGGAAAUUCUAGCAGUGACCAACGUAGACUAUAACACUCAAAAAGAUUGGGACUACGAGCCAAAUCCCACUUCCGAGGAGGGCGAUUGCGAAGCUGCCGUAAGUGCACUUUCAAAACGCCUUGAAACCGAACUUCGUGCAGCUAAACGCACUCACCUGUCUUGCGGUGAGGUACUGUUACCUUGUGGUCUCCUGCAGGUGAUAUCUCGUGACAUACUGUCAUUGGCAGACUCUGAACCUUGCGGUCUCCGAGGGUGUACCCUGUAUUUAAAUUUCGCCGGCGAACAGGACUGUAGAAGACUGAGCACGAUCAAGUGCGAUCCAUACACAGCUUCCACGUUUGAAUUGUACCUGACCCUCAAACAGACUUCGAGUAGCUGGAACAACUUCCUGCCGCAAUUCUUGAAAAAAAUUACGCGUGGCGGCACCGUAAUGAUCAGCACCGAAUACGAUUUAGUCAAAAAGAAAUUGUACCGCUCCUACAUUGAGUAAACCCAAACUGUUUGUAGAAGUAAUCUACUGAAGACUGAGCAUAAUCGCAUCACCACAUCUAUUCACCCAUCAGUAGAUCACUUCGCCCGUCAUCAAAAUUCUCUUCUUCAUUUCUCCCAUUAGACUAAGUUUUAUAUUACAAAGAAACAUGUGAAAAGCAAAGCGUGAUAGUAUUUAUAGAUUAUAAUCGUACUUUCUUAGUUAGGUGUCUUUUAGCAAUACAAAGUAUAUGUAUUUUUCCCAUUUUGAAUUCGACGUCGAU